GACAACCCACUGAUACACCACUCCAUGAAAACGGAAAAGCAUUAAAGCAUUUAAAAUUCAGAGUCCAUCCUAUGUCUGGUUUCUGUAGCGGCAGAAGUGCCACACUUUCUGAUGAUGACGACGACGUGGAUAAUGGUGUCAACACUAUUGCCAAUGAAAACUAUGGAACAGAAUUUGAACGGAACCCUCAGGUGACUAUGAGAAAAAGUCUUAAAGAGAAGAUCUCGAGAGGAAGCCGUCUCGUGAGGAGUAUUUCGACAAAUAGUUACAAUAUUUUGCACCAAAAUAUAAUAUCGACCGAAGAAUUGAAGGAUGAAUUGGAGAAAUUAGUGGAGGAGGCGACGCCUCAAAUGCAAAGACCCAACACAAUGACCAAUAAAUCUGAAGGAACUUACCAUCGAUUGAAGAAUCGGUCAAAAAUGCCCAAAUCUAUCAGUUCUAACGCUGUGUUAGAGUCUGACAGCGAGUCUUCCACUCCUCAACACCGCCCAACCCGUCCGCUCUCUGAAGUCAUACAAACACAAUCA